GCGCUGAGCCUAAUGCGCAAUACACGUUUUUUUUAUUUAUCAACAACCGAAAACGCACGUUGGGUUUUCCUCAAGUGUGAUAAAUAUUAAAUAAUUUUUUGCACGUGUUGAAGUUAAAAAUCGUAUGUUGAAUCCGACAGUUUUUAUUAUAAUUAGCUAGACGUUUUUUUACGCCUUUGUAAAUUUUGUCUGUGACGAAUUUCCAGCAGUGGUUGUGUUCUUAUAAAAAAAUUGAAAUGAGUAAUUUAAACUUUGAUUCAGAAGUCGAUAUAAAACCUGAUCUUAAAAAACUAUCCCUAAAAGAACUGCGUAAACUUAAAGAAGAAGUUGGCAAUGAGAUAUAUCGUAACAGUAUAAAAAAAACAGGAAAACUAACUCCUCGUCUUAAAACUGUCAAGCGGGAUAAUAAAAAUAGACCAUCAGAAGUAUCAUCUAAGAUAGAACCUUCUUUAACUGUUAAAAAAGAUAAACCUCAAAUUGAACCUGAAGUUAGACAACCGAUUGAUCCUCGGUUUGAUUCUUUGUAUGGUGAAUUCAAUAGGCGUGCCUUUGAAAGAGACUACGGUUUUCUAAGAGAUAUCCAGUCCAAAGAAAAGAAAAAACUUCAGAAAAAAUUAAAAAGUAAAGAGCCAGCAGAGAAAAAAGCUGAUAUUAAAUUUUUGCUGCAAAGAAUAGAAAACCAGGAACGUGAAAAACAAAAACAAGAUGCACAAGAUAAUGUAUUAUCUGAACAAAAGAAGAAACGAUUACAAGAUUUGAAGGAAGGCAAAAAGCCACAAUUUUUAAAGAAGAGUGAAACUAAGAUUUUACAGCUGGUUAGCCAGUAUGAGGAUCUCAAGACGACAGGAAAACUUAACAAGCAUAUCAAGCAGAAGAGAGUCAGGGCGCAUGGUAAUGAGAAGAAAAAAAUGUUUGCAAAUAAUGCCGAGUAAUAGCUAUUAAUUAUUAUUGUAAAUUCAUACUAUUCUAGCAUUUUUAGUUUACUCAUAUCGUAUUUCUUGAUAUUUCAAUGGUAAUUAUGUAUAUUAUAUUAUUAUGAGACACUUAAAUAAAACAUAAUUCUGUAGUUUGUCAA